AUGGGGAAAGGAUUCGGGUCUCAUACUUAUAACGGAGAUGAAGAUUCAGUUGAUGAUGAAGAUCCAGAAGUUUCAGUUAGUUGUGAUUUUUCUUUUCUGGAAGGUUCUGCAAUUUCACGUACAGGAUCUGGGAUUCCAGAUAAAUGUCGAAACUUUUAUUUGUACCCAUUGGUCUGGCGGUCCACUGAGCCAUGCGCUUGUCAGCCCCUCACAUCAAAUGCUGGUGGGGGUGGAGGAGAAAGCAGGAAAGGUGUUGGAGUGAAGGGAGGGAUAGGUGGGAAAGGAAAGGGCAGAGCUGGUGGUUUUGGGAAUGACAAUGGAGGGGACGGCAGAGGUUGCAAAGAACUGGUCAUUAAACCCGGAACAUUGCAGGCUGAAGAUGAGCUUCCUAUCAAGCUUGCUUGGCAAAAUGAUUGA